AACAACAACAACAACAACAACACCCAGCAUGACGGGCAUCGUGGCAUGGGCAUGCUUGUUUGCACUCGGCAAUCUAAUGGUCGAUCACGUGGCUGCUGCUGCUGCUACUACCACUACUAUCACUACAGCGCAAAUGGAUCAGGAUACCCCAAGAACACUUGAUACUAGCAGAAGCAGACGUCUUUCUUUACCGGGCUCAUAUGAUUUCGCUGGACGGAAUCUUCCUUCCGAAAAUUACGAGGAUGAUGAAAAAGUCAAAAACGUGUGCAACAACAACAAUGACCAUGACAAAGAAUCAGCGACCAAGACGAGCGGCUCCCCACCAUCCUCAGUGAGUCCUGCACCGAUGGAUCCCAGCAAAAGCACGGUCACUUCCACCACUACCACUACCACUACCACCACAACCACCACGACCACAGUUGUUCGUCAUACGUCACGAAAACCAACACGUCGUACGCGCAGAUCCGUAUAUAGGAUAAAAGCACGGCCAAUGAGCCGCCAAUUAAGUUGUACGCCUAGUACUAGUAUGAACACUAUGAAUAUGAAUAAGCAUGGAUGGUUGUUCAACAAACAACAAUUUCCCAUCUCAUCAUCAACAGAACACAGCAGUAACAAUAACAGCAGAUUGACACGACGUAACUCGGUGUGAUAACCCCAACUACAGCAUUCAUUCUCUCAUUAUCAAAUACCAUUACAUAAAAAACACCCAGUUUUAUUCUUCUUUUUUUUUUGGUUCAACUCCCUCCUAUUUUACCAUACGCAUGUGACUAUGAUACUGUAUAAAUAUGCAUUUGUCGUAUAGUUAAAUGUCGUACGUAUACCCAGCCCUCCUCCCGUUUUACUGCACCCAAGCCCCCAAAAAUGUCCCUAUUAAAGAUAAGAAAAGACUGCUUCUCUCCCUCAUCUUACUCCUGGGCCAAUCGAUUGAUGAUCACUUUUUUUAAACUCGCAUUAGAGGAAAGAAAUUUUAAGGGGUAGUCUUACUCUACUAAGCAUUUGUG